AUGGUCCCCGCGCCGCCGCCGCUGCUCCCGCUGCUGCUCCCGCUGCUGCUGCGGCCGCUGCUGGCCGCGCCGGGACAGGGCGCGGGCACCUGGGCGCGCUUCGCCCGCCUGCCCUACCCGGAGGACCAGCUCUUCCUCCACGACACCUUCCCCGAGGGCUUCUUGUGGGGCGCGGGCAGCGCCGCCUACCAGACCGAGGGCGGCUGGCGCCAGGGCGGCAAGGGCCCCUCCGUGUGGGACAYGUUCGCCCACCGCGCGCGGCCCCCGGGCACGCGGCCCGCGGGCGGCGACGUGGCCAGCGACAGCUACAACAACGUCUUCCGCGACGCCGAGGGGCUGCAGCGCCUGGGCGUCUCGCACUACCGCUUCUCGCUCUCCUGGGCCCGCCUGCUGCCCAACGGCACGGCGCCCGCCAACGCCGCGGGGCUGGCGCACUACACGCGCCUGCUAGCCCGCCUGCGCGAGCUGGGCAUCGAGCCCGUGGUCACGCUCUACCACUGGGACCUGCCGCAGCGGCUGCAGGACGCCUACGGYGGCUGGGCCAGCCCGCUGCUGCCCGCGCUCUUCCGCAACUACGCCGAGCUCUGCUUCCGCCGCUUCGGCGCGCACGUGCGCUACUGGCUCACCAUGGACAACCCCUACGUGGUGGCCUGGCACGGCUACGGCAGCGGGCGGCUGCCGCCCGGCGUGCGCGGCGGCCCGCGCCUCGCCUACCGCGCUGCCCACCACCUGCUGCAGGCUCACGCUAAAGUCUGGCAUCUCUACAAUGAUCAUUUUCGUCCAACUCAAAGAGGAAAAGUGUCCAUUGCCCUUAGCUCCCACUGGAUAAAACCUCAAAAUAUGACUGAAAAAAAUAUAAAAGAAUGUCAAAAGUCCCUUGAUUUUGUGCUUGGCUGGUUUGCUAAGCCCAUAUUUGUUGAUGGUGACUAUCCAGAGAGCAUGAGGAGUAACCUCUCAUCUCUGCUACCUGAGUUCAGUGAAGCUGAGAAGAAGUACAUCAAAGGAACAGCUGACUUUUUUGCUCUUUCUUUUGGAGCAACCCUGAGCUUCCAGCUCUUGGACUCUCACAUGAAAUUCCAGCAGUUGGAAUCAAUAAGCCUCAGACAGCUUCUUUACUGGAUAAGCAAUGAAUAUAACAACCCCCAAAUAUUCAUUGUGGAAAACAGCUGGUUUGUUUCUGGUAGCACCAAGAGGGAUGAUGCCAAAUAUAUUUAUUAUCUCAAAAAGUUCAUUAUGGAAACUUUAAAAGCCAUUCGGUACGAUGGAGUUGACGUGUUUGGAUACACAGUGUGGUCCCUCCUGGAUGGCUUCGAGUGGCACAGAGGAUACAGCAUCCGACGUGGGUUGUUUUAUAUUGACUUUCAAAGCCAUGACAAGAAGCUGAUACCAAAAUCUUCUGUCUUGUUCUAUCGAAAGCUGAUUGAGAAAAAUGGCUUUCCKCCUUUGCCCGAAAACCAGCCCAUAGAAGGGACCUUUCCCUGUGGCUUUGCUUGGGGAAUAGUUGACAACUACAUCCAGGUAGACACGACGCCCUCCCAGUUUCUUGACCCUAAUGUUUAUGUGUGGGAYGUUCACCAGACGAAGCGGCUUAUUAAAGUGGAUGGAGUUUUUACCUCCAAACGCAAGCGUCACUGUGUUGACUUUGCUGCUAUCAGGCUUCAGAUCUCGCUUCUGCAGGAAAUGCAUGUCACACACUUCCAUUUUUCACUAAAGUGGUCUUCAAUUCUUCCUUUAGGUAACCUUUCUGUCAUCAACCACACGCUUGUGCAUUAUUAUCAGUGUUUUGCUAGUGAACUUCUCAGAGUUAACAUAACUCCUGUUGUUGCCUUAUGGCAACCGAUGGCUGAGAAUCAAGAGCUUCCAGCUUCACUUGCCAAAUACGGAGCUUGGGAAAACCCAGAAACUGUUCAGGCCUUUGCCGACUAUGCCAAACUGUGCUUUGCAAAUCUUGGGGAUCAUGUGAAGAUUUGGAUCACAAUAAAUGAACCUUCUGUGAAGAACUUGACGUACACUGCAGGGCACCAUCUGUUGAAAGCCCAUGCAAAAGCAUGGCAUCUUUAUGACAAAGAAUUCAGGAGAUCUCAGAAAGGGAAAAUAUCUAUAGCUCUGCAAGCCGACUGGGUGGAACCAGCUUGUCCCUUUUCCAGAAAAGACCAAGAAGUUGCCGAUAGAAUUUUAGAAUUUGACAUUGGCUGGCUUGCAGAGCCCGUGUUUGGGAAUGGUGACUACCCACAUAUCAUGAGAGAAUGGCUUCACCAAAGAAACAGUGUUGAUCUAUAUAAUUUCCACUUGCCUUAUUUCUCAGAAGACGAAAAGAAGUUAAUCCAAGGCUCAUUUGAUUUUUUUGCCUUAAGUCACUACACUACUACUCUUGUGGGCUGGGAGAAAGAAGAUGCUCUAAAAUACGAUCACUUUCUAGAAGUUCAAAUGAUCAAUGAUAUCACAUGGCUACACUCUCCUGGGCGAGCUGCAGUGGUGCCCUGGGGGCUGCGUAAAAUGCUCAAGUGGGUUAAAUCCAAGUAUGGCGAUGUCCCAAUGUACAUUAUGGCUAAUGGAAUUGAUGAUGGUCAGAAUAUGGUGCACGAUAARCUCAGAGUAUAUUACAUAGAGAAUUAUCUCAAUGAAGCUUUAAAAGCUUACACCCUGGAUAACGUUAACCUACAAGGAUAUUUUUUCUAUUCUUUUAAUGACAAGACUGCUCCUAAUUAUGGUCUCUACAGUUACGUUGCAAAUCAGUAUGAACCAAAGCCCUCUAUGAAACGUUACAGAGAAAUAAUUGAUAAUAAUGGCUUUCCUAGACCUGAAACUGAGGUUAUAUGCCCUGAAGAGACUCUCUCAUGUCCCAAAUGUCACUUUUUCCGAACAAGAAAAUCAUUAUUAGCCUAUGUUGCUUUCAUAUUUGUUGCUUUUAUUGUUACUAUAUUCCUCAUUACUUACUAUUCCAGGAGGGAAGGGAGACGAUACAAAUAG